GAAGCCUUAUGAAGAAAUCAUCCUUGUAAAGCCAUUGGUUCUGGUCAUCAGCCUCUAUCCAAUGCUUUCGUGAUGAUGCUGCUGAUCUAUUUGGGAAGUUGGCUGGCUCUCAAAGCAGAGUCUCUUCUCAAAGGCUGUUUCACAGCGAAAAUAUGCUCAGUGCAGCCGGGCGCAUGAAUGAAAGAGCCGCCGUUUGCUUCUAGUCUGGCAAAAUGCAGCAGAGAACUCAGCUCACCCUAUCCUUUUUGCUGUCCCAGGUGUUGCUGCUCACAUUUGCAGAGGAUUUGGAAUGCAUCCCUGGAUUUCAGCAAAAGACAUUUCACAUUGAACAGCCAGAUGAAUUCAUUGAGGACCAAUUGAUUCUAAACUUGACAUUCAAUGACUGUAAAGGGAAUGACAAGCUGAGAUUUGAUGUCUCCAACUCCUACUUCAAGGUGAAACCAGAUGGAGCUUUAGUUGCACUGAAAAACAUAUCAGAGGUUGGCCCGGCUUUAUUCAUCCAUGGGCGGUCAUCUAAUGCAGAAGACAUGGCAGAAGUUGUGAUUGUUGGUGGCAAGGACAUCCAUGGCUCCUUAAAGGAAAUCGUUACAUUUGCUAGAACUUCUGCAGUCCCAAGACAGAAACGGUCCAUUGUGGUGUCACCCAUCUUAAUUCCUGAAAAUCAGAGACAGCCUUUUCCCAGGGAUGUGGGCAAGGUUGUGGAUAAUGAUCGACCAGAAGGGUCCAAAUUCCGACUUACUGGAAAAGGUGUGGAUCAAGAGCCAAAAGGCAUUUUCAGAAUCAAUGAAAAUACAGGGAGCGUCUCAGUGAUGCAGACCUUGGAUAGAGAAGCAAUGGCUACUUAUCAGCUGUUCGUGGAGACUAUUGAUGUCAGCGGCAAAACUAUUGAGGGACCUGUUUCUCUGGAUAUAAUCGUGAUUGAUCAGAACGACAACAGGCCCAUUUUUAAGGAAGGGCCAUACAUCGGUCACGUCAUGGAAGGGUCUCCUACUGGAACCACCGUGAUGCGGAUGACAGCCUUUGAUGCUGAUGACCCUUCCACAGACAAUGCCCUCCUGCGAUACAACAUCCUGCAGCAGACUCCUGACAAGCCAUCUCCCAACAUGUUCUAUAUUGAUCCUGAGAAAGGAGACAUCGUCACUGUAGUGUCACCAGCACUGUUGGACCGGGAGACUCUGGAAAACCCUAAAUAUGAACUGAUCAUUGAAGCCCAAGACAUGGCUGGUUUGGACGUUGGCUUGACUGGAACAGCAACGGCUACUAUCCUCAUUGAUGACAAAAAUGAUCACUCACCAAAAUUCACCAAGAAGGAGUUUCAUGCCACUGUCAAUGAAGGAGUCGUGGGAGUGAUUGUCAAUUUAACAGUUGAAGACAAGGAUGACCCUACUACUGCAGCCUGGAGAGCUGUCUACACUAUCAUCAAUGGAAAUCCAGGGCAGAGUUUUGAAAUACAUACAAAUCCCCAAACCAACGAGGGAAUGCUUUCUGUUGUCAAACCUUUGGAUUAUGAGAUUUCAGCAUUUCACACACUGCUGAUCAAAGUGGAAAAUGAAGAUCCAUUGGUUCCUGAUGUAGCAUAUGGUCCCAGCUCUACAGCCACAGUUCAGAUAACGGUCUCAGAUGUAAAUGAAGGCCCAGUUUUCCACCCAGACCCCAUGACAGUGACCAAGCGUGAGAACAUCACUAUCGGCAGCAUGCUGUUGACACUGAAUGCCACAGAUCCCGAUUCCUUGCAGCAUCAGACCAUUAGGUACUCUAUUUAUAAAGACCCAGCCGGAUGGCUAAACAUCAAUCCAAUAAAUGGGACAAUUGAUACAGCAGCUGUCUUGGACCGUGAAUCUCCAUUUGUCCAAAAUAAUAUAUACACUGCACUUUUCCUUGCAAUAGAUAGUGGUGAUCCUCCUGCAACUGGCACUGGGACUCUACAAAUAAGACUGGAAGAUGUGAAUGACAAUGCCCCUCUCAUUUACCCCACACUUGCCAAAGUCUGUGAUGAUGCCAAAGAUCUCAAUGUGGUCAUUCUGGGAGCAUUAGAUAAGGAUCUCCACCCAAACACUGAUCCAUUCAGAUUUGAACUGAAUAAACAAACUGGUUCUGAUAAAUUUUGGAAAAUUUCCAAGAUCAAUGACACUCAUGCCCAGGUAAGCCUUCUUCAAAACCUGAAGAAAGCCAACUACAACCUACCAGUCAUGGUGACGGAUUCGGGCACGCCACCUUUGUCUAACACCACAGAGCUCAGAGUGCAAGUUUGUUCCUGUAAGAAAUCUAAAAUGGACUGCAGCUCAGCUGGGAUCCUGCACAUCAGAAGCACCUUAGUGCUGCUUCUUUCAUUCUUCAGCUUAGUAUGGCUGUAAGAACUCCUGACAUUUGAAGCUCUCCUACCAAGUUGCCAUAGCAACAGGAAAAAGAAAAAGGAAAAAAAAAUCAGAUCUGAAGACUGCAGUUUAUGGUCACUGUACUUCUCAACUAGGCCUCGAUUGCUCCAGAUUUCAGUUUUGUCUGCAACUUCACUUAGUUUCUCAAACUCUGCUCCAGUGUCUGACAGCUCCUGCCUUCCUUUGUAAAUGAUGGAGUCCUCUUGCAAGUUGUGAUGGCUGUGCAGUUACCCUGAGCACUGAAGGAUCAUGGCAUCCCCCUUGACCUUCUGGGAAUGAAAGAAAAAGAAAAUUCAAGGAUGACUGCUUGUUUUUGAUAUCUAUUGACAUAUUGCUACUCAGCUGUUCAAAAUGCUUUGUCUGUUGGUUGGUAUUUGUAUAUGUAUGAGUAUACGUAUGUAUAUAUACACACACUGUAUUUAUAUAGAGAGACUAUACACCAUAGGUUAGUUUUGCUAUGUUGUUCCUGCUGACAGGUUAAAUGAUGUAGUGACAGAGUAUCCCAGCUGUUGAGGGUUAAGUCUGAGCUAAAGCAGCUGCUAACACCUUGGGGUGCUUAACUUCCAGAUACACAACAAGGCACUGAGGUGCUCCUCACUUAUCACUGGGACUCCAAGACCCAGUUGCUGCAGAGUUGGUUUAUCUACCCUGAUGUUUCUCCUCCAGCUUGGCCUCAGUCCUGGAGGCAAUGAUUCUCUAGCUGCUGGUAAUAAUUUACCAGGUAUGUCUGUCAAGAAUGAGUAUGCAACAGAAAGUUCCGCCAAGUUAGGAGUUACUUCUCCUAAGCCUCAGAGGGUUCAACAACUGUCCAGGCCAAUUUCCAAUGGUAUCAUCUUCUAUAAUCCUGGGCAGGUUGGAAGAAACAGAGGAGGGGGGAUAUCAACCUGUACCAUGCAAAGGGCUGAAAUAUCCUUGCAUGGGCAUCAACCCAGCAUGUCCAUGCACCUUGAAUAUCUAGGUAUCACUGGAGUUUUCAGGAAAAUGCAUCAUCCAAGAGAUGCUAUUGUUUCUCCUCGGUAUGUGAUAAAUCCACCAUAGGUAACAGGUGAGAUAAUGUGCAUACCAGAGGAGGACAAGUGUAUUUUAUAAAUCUAGAAACAUACAUACACAUAUAUACAUACACACACGUUUGUUUUAACUAUACAAAUACAUAUACGUAUACAAUACAGGAAGUCUUGUAAGUAACUUUUUUUCCCUUCUGGUUAAUCAACCACCACUAUUUGCAAACCUGAUGAGAAAGGACGUUCAUCAUGUAUGAAGAGGAUUUGAUUUUCAUUCUGUGAGCAUGUAAAGGUUACAAGGCAGCUACUGCUUGCCCUGAGACCUCCAUCUUGUGAAUAAAAACUGUACAUGAUCCAUCAAAGCUCACACCAAAUUUUUAUAUGAAAAUAAAAGUAAUGACAGAUUGUAGCUUUUCUUAGGGCUUGCCAGUAACUAGGGUAAGAAAAGUGUCUUAGCAUAUUUUACUGCAGUUCCUUACUAAGGGUUUAACCACAGAAAACAAAACAAAACAAAAAAUUCUUUCUUAUGCAAUAGGUGUUGGCAUCUGCAUCCUUUACUCAGACUUUUCUAGUGAUUAGGGGUCACAUGUUGUCUUUCUUGCCUGAAAUUAUAAAACUAGUGCUCCAUACACUGUAUUUGUUUCAAUAGUAAAUCUUUUGGACUCAUACAUAAUACAAAGCUUUUUUUCUCCCCUCCAUUGAAAUAAAUGGGUAUUGGUGGUUAACAUUGCUGAAUAAUAGCUUUUCUCUAUUUUCUGGUAUUGUAUGGACUCUUUCUCAGAUUCUUUGACUCUUUGAUGAUACAAUAGUAACAUUCAUGCUAUGCUUUACCUUGUCGUAAAUAUUCUUUUUAUGGAUCUCUCAGUACCAUUGAUGCUAUGGAUCAUCUUAAUGUGUGGAGUACUCUUAUGGAGGAAGCAUGAAUUUGGCCUGAAAAGUCACAAACUCACUGCAAGGUCGCUCAAAUAGUUUUGAUCAUCUUAAUGACCAACUUGGAUUGUCACUCUUUUAGCCAUGAAGGGAGAUGACAGAAUGUGAUGGUCCCCACUGGUAGUUUGCCUUGAGUACAUGCCCCAAACACCAGGAAGUAUUACUCUCUUUUGGAGUAGUGGCUGACAUUUUAUGUUAAUUACAACAUGAUCCCAUGCAUGGAGAACAGAAUAUCUCUUUGUUCUUCCAGCUCAGGACCCUACCAUUUUCCAGCAACUUUUUUCCUCCUGGGUUCACAGAUUCACUGAGUUGAAGCAAAUCUAGUUCUUCAAUGCUCUUGGAAAUACUGGAAGAAAAUUUCCCAAAACACACAUACACACACACACACACACACACACACACACACACACACACACACACACACACACACACACACCUGAAGAGGUUUGACUCAGGUUUGACAGCCUGACUUCCAUUAUUUAGUAAGAGCCUUAUGCUGACCACAUUUAAAAAUAACCUCCUUCAGACAUCUGCUGUCAUCACCACCGCAGCCAUAUCAUAUUUAUAUAGUGUUUUAGAGUUUGUAAAAUCCCUUCCUCCUAAUAAUCCUGUAAGGUAAAUAAAACCCUCCUCUAACCUCUUUCCCCCAUAAAAAAAUUUAGGUAUAAAAAUAAGGAAAGUGAAAUUUAGAGAUACACAAGCAAUAAGUUCCAAUAUUAGAUCCUGAACCCAGGUUUCCAACUCAAAGGACAUUCUGUUGCACCAUAUAGCUUACAGCUCCCUCAAACCUAAAUGAGCUGGCUGUAGACUAUGACCAUUUGGUGGUAUGGGUGAAACCAUUUCUCUUUCCUUCAAACUCUUCACUUUUUACCACAUAGGUAGCAGUUAUUUCCUUUUGAGCUUAUGGGGCCCUUAAAAACUUCUUAGAGACAAUGUACAGCUUGACAUAAUGAAACAUCACAAUAAGGGAUAGAAUGAAUGUUUUCUUAAUAAUGGGGAAGGGUGAGGGACAUUAGGCCUUGCUGUUCCAUCUCACUGAAGAUUCCCAAGGUCUAUGUGAUCACUUUCCUAUAUAAACUUGCCACCUGUUCUCUCCCAGAUACCCACAUGCCUAUGUUUCUUACUAGAAGGUAUGGGUCUCUUUAAGAUCUUAGUUCCUUCAUCCUUUAAAUAAAACUCCUGGUAAUAGAAAGAAUAAAUUUCAGAAACUUUUAGGCAUUUUAAAAGAUAUGCAUAUUAUUCAAAGAAAACAAACAAAAGACCCCAAAACCAUGAAAGUUAGCUCCAAAAUCAAAUCUUCUCUUAUUUCAGGCUUACACUGACAUAAUUAAGCCUCCAAAAUAUAAGAUUUGGGGGAAUUUCCUGCCUAAAAACUAAAUUAUAAGGAAAAAAGUGAGAAUUUUUUUCUUGAAUUAUCCAAAUAAUUAUAGUGUUUUUUUCCUACUGCUCUUUAGUAAUAGAAAUCAGAAAUUUAAACAAAGGUUAGUUUUAUUCACCCAAUUAUAAAUUUAUUUAUUAUAAAUAAUUUUUAUUCAAAAGAGUAGUUGGCUGUUUAAAAUAUGCUUACUGCUAUAAAUUUGCAUAAUUCAAUAUUUUACAAAAAUCUCUAUUUUCAUCAGUAUGCAUAUCCCCAGCAUCAACACAGUUGAGAUUUCCCCCCUUACACUCCCUAUACCUUAGAAGGUGGUUUGUUUUGGGCUUUGUAAAUGUCUGAGGGCAAAAAACCAAUGGACAAACAAGCAAACAGAAAUUGCUCAGUCCUUUGGUGCUGAGUUUCUAGGCUCUUAAAAUAAUCUGAUCCUCCCUCAGAAAAUACAGUAGAUCAUCUGAAGCUUCUCCAAAUUGGAAUAUCUUAUCAUGGAUUAUAUUCCACUGGCAUGAUCUUGAAGAACCUCCAAAUCAUAGUUUUUCAUGAAGUAACCUAAAAGAAUUGUAUUUUUUUUGGUCAGAAACAUUUUAAUAAAACAUAUACAGAAUUAUUUACAUUUUGGCAAACAGAUCAGUCCUCUUCCAAAGGAUAUUGGCAUUGUGCAGAUUAUUCAGGAGUUAACAGUCUGAAAAUUCAAAGAGGAUUCUUCCAGAUUAUUUGUCUCACAGUUGUAUAAUAAGUCUUAAAUUCACAAAAGAAAAAAUAAAACAUCAGAGCUCAAUAGGUUUCUAAGAGAUCAUCUAGCACAAUUCUUCCCCUUGUUUAGAAUCUUCAAAAAGUUAUCAUCUAGUCUCCAAGUAAUAAUCUACAGUGAUGAGAAAACCCACUACUUCCCCGAGCAACACAUUCUGCUUUUCAACAAAUUCUUUCUUUGCAACAAUGACAGGAAAAAUGAUUAUAAUCCCUUUACAGUCUUACAAUCCUUUAAAUACUUGAAGAUAGCUCUCACAUUCCAUACCUUCAACCCCAGAAGUCAUCUCUUCUCUGGGAUAACUAUUCUUUAUUUCUUCAAUUGAUCUUCACCUAGAAAACCAGUUGCCCACAUUUGUAUAUGCUCUACCUUGUUAAUUUCAAUUCCAAAAUGUGGAGCCCAGAACUGAAAACAAUAUUUUAUAUGUUGUCUAAUCAGAGCAAAGGACAGUGGGAAUAUUACCUCCCUUGUUUAGGAAACUAUCCCUCUAUUAAUAUUGCAUUUACUCUUUUUUUUUUUUUUUUUUUUUAGUGAGGCAAUUGGGGUUAAGUGACUUGCCCAGGGUCACACAGCUAGUAAGUAUUAAGUGUCUGAGGCCGGAUUUGAACUCAGGUACUCCUGAAUCCAGGGCCAGUGCUCUAUCCACUGCGCCACCUAGCUGCCCCUAAUAUUGCAUUUACUCUUUAGUUUCUGUGUUACACUGUUAAUUUAUAUUGAGUUUGUAGCUUCCAGAUCCUUUACAGAUGAAUUUUUAUCCACCAAUCCUGUACUUGAUUGUUGAUUUUUAAUGAUCUAAGUAUAGGACUUUGCAAUUAUCUCUAUGACAUUGCAUCUAUUUAGAAUGUACCCACUCUUCCAGCACACAGAAACAAUUUAGGUUCCUUAUUCUGUCUUUCGGUGUGUCAGUUAUCCCUUCAAACUUUAUGCCACCUUCAAUUUGAUAAGCAUGCCAUCUAUACUUAGUGGAACAAUUCAGAGAAACAUGAAUUUUUGAAAUCUUUGAUAUCAACUCUCAAAAACAUCAUUUAUAUUCUAAGCUAUCAUUUAAUAAACAACUCCCACAAAGGACAAAAAAGUUUGUUUUCUAUUCUAGCAAAAUAAAAUCUGCUGUACACUUCAAUUAUGAUAACUGAAAAGCACCGGGGAAGACUGGGUUUGAUACUGUUGCUUGAGUUGUGUUGUAUAUUCCUAUACCAAAGUAAAUCUGAGGAAGCUGUUCUAUAAUAUAUUGCCUCCCCACCCCAAGAAGCAGAUGUGUUGUAGGUCAAAAUAAAGAACUAAACCUCAAUUAAGAGGCCCCAUAUUGAUGUUCCACAGAUGGGAGAAUAGAUUUGGCUCUUUUCAUCUGAAUCUAAUCAGGACAGAGAAGCAUUCUUGAUCACUCACAAGAAAGAAUAUACUUUGGACCCUCAAUAACUAAAUGUUACUGCCCAAAUUGAUCAAAUUAACCAGAACUUCACCCUAUGCCCAUUUCACUGGUCACCAUUUAGAAACAAUCUCUAAGUAAUUCUUGGAACUUCCAUUGUUGAAAACUCAACCCCAUACCUCAACCAUCUUUACAUGUGAAACUUUUUUUAUAAAGUCAAUGAGUAUUCAAAACAGAGCUUCUGUCCCUUACAGGUAUUCUUAUCUUUCCAUCUCACUGAAUACACACGCACACACACACACACACACACACACACACACACACACCAAGUACUGCUGCUGACUCAGGACAUCCAAGGUAACCAGAAAUGAAGUAAUAUUGUUCCGGGUGUCUAAUUUCUUUCUCUUCUAAGAUGUCUAACCAUAGGGGAAUGAGAAAAUUCUUGGGAAGGAAGAAUUAGUGAACGCUUUUCAUAAUAAUUAAACAGUAUUGAUGAUAAUCUUUUACUACAUGAUCCCAACCAAAAGCAAGGACAAGCAGCAGUGAUCAAACUGGUUCAUACAAACACACACACACACACAAAGAGAGAGAGGGAGAGAGAGAGAGAGAUAGAGGGAGAGAGAGAGAGAGGGAGAGGGGGAGAGAGAGAGAGAGAGAGAGAGAGAGAGAGAGAGAGAGAGAGAGAGAGAGAGAGAGAGAGAGAGAGAGAGAGAGAGAGAGGAGGGAGAAAUUGAUGAAAUGGGGCUGCUUUGGUCCAUAGGUGCUAUUUCCAAGACAUGGAUUUAGGAGGCUAAGAAAUGGUGACCUUGAAACUUUCUCAACUGCUACUGUAACAGGUGAUUGAAUUUCUUUUCAUCAUAUUUAGAUGGACAACCUCUGAAGGAGGAACACCUCUGAAAGGUAUUGAAUACAGUUGGAUCCCAACAAGUUUAUGGAUAAUUUCUAAUUAUAUACAUGAAGCAUAGGGAAUAUACUUCAUUUUGUGAACUAUCUCUACCUUAUAUAAGCAAGAAAAUAAGAGGAAAGGCCUUCUGUGUUGCCCCUGAACCCUUAAGUAUUGGGGACUCUCACUACAAUUCAUCACUCCCAAGUAGCAUUGUUCAUCUCCUAGGCUGCCACAUUUUUUCUGGAUUCAUUUUUAUUCAAUCACUAAAUCAUUUCUUUAAUAAGUGAUUAGAGUCAAUUUAAGAGAAGUGCAACACCAUCACUGUUUAAAAUUAGUAAAAUUGCUAUUCCAAUUCUUUGUUUGCCUAGCUAAUAAACUAUAAAUAUUUGGGAGAAGAGUCUCAGCCAUCCAUCAGCUGAAAGUUGGUCUCUCUAAGGAACACGUGUAGCCAUGGUCAUAGAAAUAAAUGAUAGGGAAAAAAAUCAUGGGUAAGAAUUCAUGAACAAUUAUAUUUUCAUGAAUUAAGAUGAGAUAGCUGACCCCUUACUGAAGCAGAGGUGAGAAUGACCCCCUCCUCCAGAGCAGCCAUUGAAAUAGGAAUAAUCCAUCUUUGGAGCAUUUAGCUUUUUUAUAUCUGCCUUGCUCUCUGUUGACUUAGGCACCUACAUGCUGGAAACUUGGCCAGCUUAGGAAUCAUUUUGUUAAGUUUCCAAAGUCGACUUGGUUAGCACAGAUACAUCAGGACAUAAUGCAUCUUAGGGAACAUCAUCAUAACUUCACUGUGGGGAAAUGAUUUGGAAAAGGGAUCUAAGCAUGGCCUAUAAGUUCUGUUCUCCCUCUGCUUUUACUGGGAAAAAUGUUUUAUAUUUUGGAGACUAAUGACAUCUCCGAAUUUGCAACAUAAAUUACUUUGUUGUAAAAUAAUAUGUGUGCUAUACCAUGUGUGUGCUUGUGUGUAUUGGAAUUUAGAUUGUAAAGUAAAUAAGUGGGAGAGAACCUGCGUUAGUGAAAGAAACAAAAACAGCUGUGCAGACAGUAUCAAGAUUUCCAUGGAAUGUGAGUGUCAAUGACCACUUAUUCCCUCUUCCUUCCCUGAACAGUGAGUUCUCAAAAAUAUUCAUAUUUGUAAAAAAAUUCCUUUUCAUAAGGGCUCAAAACAGAGAAAAGUUUGUUGUCUUAAAAUAUAAUUCUGAUGCUGAUGCAGCUCCUUUGGGCCCUAGUUGCUGAAUUGCUCACAGUUUCUGAGGUGUAAAUAAACAUCUUGAUUUAU